AUGACGUCAUCAUUGUACGCCCUCGGCGCAUCAUACCACAUCGACGGCACACCCAACCAAUGCAGGUACACACACCAACAGUGUGAUCCACACACACACACACACACACACAUGAGUGUCCCUCUCUCUGUCUCUGUCUCGGUGUGUGUGUGUAAUGUCAGCUCAGUUGACGCCGUCGGGCUGGUCGCCAAUCUGCUGCGCGGUGGCGGCGUGGCCGUACACAGAAUGACUCGCCCAUGGUCGACAGACACAUACUCCGACUACUGGUACACACACACACACACACACUCAGCCCUCUGCACACCGACCGGCUGACAUCUCUCUCUCUGUGUGUCUUUUGUCAGGUUCUCUCUGCCGUCGGCCUAUCAGUCGACGUCGGCCAUCGAGUCGGCCACUGCAGAGGACCUCCCAUCAGACCAACACGACAGCAGCACCAGCAGCCAGUGGGGCGACCUGCUCAUUUGGGCGCACAAGCGGACAGACACCCACACAGAGAGAGGGAGACGGCGGCUCAACGAGACACACACAAACACACACACGGAGAGGGCCGAUGAGGUCUGUGUCAAAGACGCCACGGGCGCCGUCCACUGUGUGCCCAAAGGCAGCGAGACCACAGAGGCAGCAGCCGAUACAAACACCACAGCCACUGCUGAGGAUGACCGCCACUACCAGCCGCCGGCCACCGCCACACACGAGGCGGCCGUCCACACAGAGGACACCGAUCCAGCAGCCCACCAGCAGCAGC